CAUUUUUCUCGAUGCAUUGCUUUCUUGUUUUUUCCAAAUUUGAACGUUCAAAAUAAAGACGACACGUCGCCGCUCCCAAUCGAAUCCUCCAAUUUGUUUGAUCUUGAGUUUUCCUGUUCUCCAAACCUCCACUCUUCCACCUCAAUAUUCACAACUGCAACUCUAUCUGAUUUAACCCUUUUCAUUUCGCUAGGUAUACGCUGCAUGAGCACAUUUGUUUAAGAUUUUUUAUUUUUACACAAAUGUCUAGCCACGGCAGGAGUCAAAGUGAAAACUCUUUUGAUGUCGAAGAACUAUUAGAGAUUGGAACGAGAUGUAGAGAGCUAAGAAAAGAGAAAGACAAGUUGAAAGAGUCACAAUCACAAAGCUUCAAAUUAAUCAGGCGACUAGAAAAUCAUGUGACUUCAUUAUCGACAGCCCGUACAGAGGACAAGAAGCACAUUGAAACAUUAGAGAAAGAGCUCAUGAACUGCUCUCAAGAAAUUGAUUACCUACAGGAUCAUCUAAAUGCAAGAAACACGGAGGUAAACUGUCUGGAAGAGCAUGUACGCUACCUUGAAUUGAAAUUAGCAGACAUGGAAAUUUUACAGAAGAUAGUUGGAAGGUUAAGGGAGGAACUGAAGAGGUCCAACUCAGAGUGCUUGUUCUUGAUACAGGAACUAGAAAACAAAGAAGUGGAAUUACAUAAUUCAUCUUUGUCCAUAGAAAAUUUACGGGAGUCGAUUUCAUCUAUAACAUUAGACUCCCAAUGUGAAAUAGAGAGCAUGAAGCUAGAUAUUGUGGCCUUGGAGCAGAAUUGCUUUCAAGCUGAGAAAGUACAGGAAGAAGCUGUCCAAGAAAAAACUAGAAUGAAUCAGUUGAUUCAAAAGCUUGAGGGUCAAUUUCAGGAUGCUCAGAAAAUUAUUGAACAACUAGAAUUGGAAAAUAAAGAGCUACGGGAAAAGCUUGAGACAUCAGAAACAAAUUUUAGGACAUUUUGGCAAAAGCUUGAAAAACAGUUUGCAAAGGAUGCAUCUCAAGUCAAUGUAAAACCAUUGUUUAAUGAACUAGAGAGCAAAUUCACUGUGUCAGAAGAAAUGAGCACUUGUGAAGAAGUCAUAAGUUCGCUGAUUUCAAACCUUGAAAUGCUUCUGGGGCCAAGUGAAGAUAUUAUGGAGAAAAUGGAAACUAUGUCAAAGCAAAUUGAAGAAUACGAGCUUAUUGUGAAGCAACUAAAGGAAGAGCUGAGAGAAGAAAAGUUGAAAGCAAAAGAUGAAGCAGAGGAUCUAGCUCAAGAAAUGGCUGAGCUUAGGUACCAUAUUACCGGCUUGCUAGAAGAAGAGCGUGAACGCCGUGCUUGCAUUGAACAGGCAUCUCUACAUAGAAUUGCUGAAUUAGAGGCGCAGCUUAAAAAAGAACAAGGAAGACCCUUGGAUGCUGUCAAACAUCUUGAUGGAGCAUAGGAGUCUGAUGACAUGUCAAUGUGAGUGAGUGAAAUCUCAUGCGUGUCAAGAACUCCAUUGAUAAACUUUGGAGAACCUUUUGGAGCUGGUAUUUCUGAAGGUUUUACAGAUUAUGCUUUAUGGACUGCCAUAGUCAAGGUGUACAUUUGAUGGGAUAGAAGUUGAUUUGCUGGAAUUCUUGUUUUAACUUUAACGCAAUGAACUUUAUAUUAGCUUAGGGUUGGAGUUUCAAUAAGGGAAAGCCGAAUGAUAGAAAAUGGAAUGCAACAUACUGCAGAAUGAAAGGGCUGUACUGAUGCUGGUUUCUAUAGCUUUAAGGCUCUUUGUUCUCUCUGAUUAACCAGGUUUGAUGGAGCAAUUAUGUGGAUUUUUGAACAUUCACAUUUGAAGCGAUGCUCUACCAUUUAGGGCUGGGUCAAGUAGUUGGAUGAAUGAGUGUGUGUGAGAGUGGUCUAGGUUCAGGUCCUAAGUGUAUCUUAUGUUGAAGAGGAAAAAAAAUAAAACAAAGAAAUGCUCUGUAUAGAUAUUUUAGUGUGGUAAUUGAGCAAGGGAGUUGUGGUAAUUGCUGGUAUAUUAUUCUGUUGGCAAAUCUCCAGGCACAUUCUUAUUGAUAUAAUCUACUGUUAACAAAUGGAGCAUUGAGUAGAA